GUGGCGGAAGGGAGAAUGGGGUGCACCUCCAGGAAGCGGCGGUUGCCAUGGGAACGCGGGCCCAGAAGGACGCGUUACCGCGGCGGCCUGGGGACGGCGCCGAUGGAGCCGAGCCCGGGGCCCGCGGGGCCGGGGCCGGGGCCGGCCGAGUGGCCGCAGCCCGAGCCCGAAGGCGCGGGGGGGCCGCGGUCCGCCUGCCCCUUCCUGGCCUGGAGCGCCGCGGAGGUGGCCGAGUGGGUGGUGCAGCUCGGCUUCCCCCAGUACGAGGAAUGCUUCAGGGCCAACGGCAUCACCGGCCGCCGCCUCAUCCUCGUGAACUGCUCCAGCCUGCCCGCCAUGGGCGUCACGGACUUCGGCCACAUGCAGGAGAUUUCACGACACGUGCGAGAGUUGCUGGGGAUUGAGGAGCCACUGUUCAACAGAUCCAUUGCCCUCCCCUACAGAGACAACAUGGGUCUCUUCCUGGAGCAAAAAUCCCGAUCAGGAAAGAAAGCAGAUGCCCUCACUUUCUCACAGUUUAUCCAAGAAGCAGGACUGGAGGCCUAUACUACAGUUCCUCUUUUGCAAUGAGCCCAGACUGGGGUAGAAGCAGAUGCUCUCCCCAUAUUGCAGGGCAGCCAGAGGCAGGAUUAGAGACUCGCACUGCACUUUGUAAGAAGACCAGCAGGGACAGCAGAAUGUACCCUUAUUACCUUGCAAUUUGUCCAAGGAGGUACAGUUGCACCUUCUCCCAAUUAUAGAAAAGGCCAUUGCAGCUCGUAGCCGUUUGAUGACAGCAAACACAUCCCCACAUUGGCACUUUUCUGCAAUCCUUUGUUUGCUUCCAGGAACUAAGUGAAGCAGAAGCUAUAAAUCAGACUGUACCACUGUCUGUCUUUGACUUCUGCUUCACAGUUGAUUAAAAAGACCAAAAACCAAUUAUAGACAUAUUUUAAUUACCAGUGAUUGAUAACAACUUCCCUGCAGCUCACGUGAAUAGAUUUCUCCCAGGCUUUAGUGUCUGCAGACUGGGCUCACUGUAAAGCCCAGACAUAAGAUAAAUGGCACAUACAAUAAUUGCUAUACAGGUGUGGUGCCAGCAGCUGUCAGCAAUCAUAAUUAAGCGAGGGGCCUAGCUACAACAUGCACAACUAAUCCCUGGCCUCACCACAGAAAUUAUUUCCUGAGAGGCAAAACCAAGCAGUGGUUUAUCAUGGUAAACAGUACUGAAAGACAAGAUAGAUGAUGGCCAGAAGUAUAAGAGAAUACUGCAAGCUGUACUAGAGAAUUUAGGAAAUAAAAAAUGCUUUGUUCUGGGUGGCUUUGGACAGAAUACCCAAUUACCUCCUUUUUCCUUGAAAGAAGUACCAUGUGGUUGUUGGUGGUGGGGUGCAUUGUUGCCAGCAAGGAAGUAUCAAUAAGUGCUGACUUAAGCCUGGCUCAACAGAAAGAGCUCCUGACUAAAUCAUUACUAUUUUGCCUGGCAGCAAUGGCUUCCUCGAGAUCCCCCAUGGAAAAAUUAAAAAACAAACAAACAAACAAACAAAACUGGCCCCAAGCCUGUUUAGUUAUUUACGCCAAAGCUGUAGCCACUACAAAAUAACUGUAACUUGGUUUUGUAAUUCAGUUUUCUAUUGAAACUGCAACAGAAAUGCAGUGAAAUUGAAGCAGUUUGUAGGCCAAAAUGACUAUGUAAUAAGCAAAUUCGGACCAAAAUAAAGCAAGACUCAGGCAGCCAGGGAGAAGCAAAUUUGCUGAGCAGUCUAGAGAGUGAAACUUGUAGAAGCAAAUGUGUACAUAGAGUUAUUGGCUGGAAUAUUUUAAGGAGUCCAAGGGCAAAGAGUGCUGGUUCUUGCACCUCUCAGUCCUGUGAGGGGGCUGGGAUGAGACCUCAGCAAAGCAUUCUGCAAUGGGCUUCAUUAUACUUUACAAGGAUUUAGAAUCAUGGUCAGCAGUUUCCUCUGGAAUUUCUGAGAAAAUGUCAGUAGCAGCUUGGAGGAUGGAGGCUUGUCAUCCAACAUCACACCAGGCUCCACUACAGCUGAAGUAAGAGAUGUCUUGGUGCUGAUCAGCCCACAUUGCUUUGUAGGCCAGUCUCCAAAGGGUGCCUGCUAUAGUAGAGCAAGAUGGCGCUGGACAGGCUCACUCUUUUCUAGCAGCUGGCUAAAGGGAGGCUCUCUCAGUUGUGCAGCUGUCAGGUCAAAGCAGGGGAAGGUUCUGGAAAGACAAAACGAGUGGAAACAUUUGUGGGCCAUAACAGUCUGAAGCAGCCUGCUAAUAAUUUAACAAAUAAAGGUUUUCUUCAGUGUCUGACUACAA